AUGAGUACAACAUUAAAAUCCGUGAAGUGGAACGUUUACAAAGUUCCUUCCUUUCCAAAUAACCUCUCCGCAUCUUCUAUAUCCCACUUGGCUGAUGAGGAAUUGAUGGAGGUGUUAAGUGAACUAAAGCGCAGAUAUGCUAAUUACUUGCUGAAACUUGCACAAUUGGAGUCAAAGAACCGAAUUUUAAAGGCAAGUAAGGAAUUGAAUGUCACAUUUAAGAGACCUAACAAGCCAGAUUCCAUUCUUGCAGUGAUUGCCGGCAAUUGGACACCCCCCCUUGAGCUUAAGGUGGUGAUUAUAGAGUCUGCUGGAGGUUAUGUAGAAAAUGGCACAACCAUCAAAACAAACUCGCCAAUACUCACCCUUACAAAAUUAAACAUUGGAAAUCACUACGAUCUGACAAUCCAUGUUCUAGACUCCACAGGGAAGACAUUUAUAACAACUGCCGCCUUCGAGUACGCUCCGCCCGAAAGCUGUAGAUUAGUUAAAACUGAGUUUUCGGAUACAGAAUCAUCAGUAACAAUUGACAAUAAUGACAAUCAACUUACUCAACCUACAGGGUUCGUGUUGAGCGUCCUGGUGGAGAAGGAUAAGAUUGUUGAGUGUAAGUGGAAUACCGGCGAUAAUUACAGUGAAGUAGCGGAGGAAUUUUUAGAACGAAAUAAACUUAAGCCUAUUUUAAAAAUUGGGCUGGUGCGACUCAUGGAGCAGCAGACUCACUAUGCCACACACACUCAACAGGUGGACCUUGCUGAUCUCAUAAUAGUUUGA